AUGGAGACAGCACCAACCUUUCUGCAAUUGCAAGAAUCAGAUUUUGAUCCUCGAUUUAAUCGUAACUAUGCUAAUGCUCAAGAGGAAAAACGAGGUGGACGACCAUACCACUUUCCACAAGGUUGGUAUCGACAUGCCCUUAAAGUCGAGGAUAAAUAUCCUAACGACAAAGCUUGGCUCGGGAUGAAUAAUUCACCGGGCGAGUGGAUUGUCGCUUACCAUGGAACGAAACCAGGCGUCGUUAAAAGCAUUAUAGACACUGGCCUACAGCACAAAUUCGUAACCGCCGAUGCUUGUAAAGCUGCAGCAGAACAGGACCCUAGAAUCCCGAAAGUGAAAGGAUUGUAUGUUGCCACACAUUGUGAGGGAGGUGCUUCAAUUUAUACAGGUAGUGGCACUAGAAUUGAAGGUCCAGCAGGUACUUUCAAAACCUAUCACACAGUGUUUCAAUGCCGAGUCGAAAAUAACAAAUUUACAGAACAUACUGGACCAGUGAAUGUUGGGCUAGCUCUACGAGUAUUUGAUGAAAAGGCAAUUCGGCCAUAUGGUAUACUUUUAAAAACAACAUGA